AUUUAAGAUUUUGUUAUAUUCGCGUUUUUUUUUUUAAUUGACCCGACCACAGCGCCCUCUACAGUGUCCUCAAUUUGACCUUGAGAGUUUAUGUGAGUCGCAUUUUUUUGUUAAAAAAGUAUUAAACCAGACAUUCCUUCCAAUUUUAUUAAAUUGGAACAAAAUGCCGACAAAAGCAGUGUGUGUCCUAAAUGGUGAAGUCAAGGGGACCAUUUUCUUCACCCAGGAGAAUGGUAAAUCUCCUGUGAAAGUCACUGGCGAAGUGACUGGACUCAAGAAAGGCUUGCAUGGAUUCCACAUCCACGAGUUUGGGGAUAAUACCAAUGGAUGCAUUUCGGCUGGAGCUCAUUUCAACCCCCAUGGUAAGGACCACGGCGGUCCGACCCACGACGUGCGCCAUGUAGGAGACUUGGGGAAUGUUGAAGCCGGAGGUGAUGGAGUUGCCAAAGUUAACAUUACUGACAAGAUUAUCUCUUUGGAGGGAGAGCAUAGCAUCAUUGGACGCACUUUGGUGGUUCAUGCUGAUCCCGAUGAUUUGGGACAAGGAGGACACGAAUUGAGCAAAACCACUGGAAAUGCUGGCGCUCGUUUGGCUUGUGGAGUUGUUGGUAUUACCAAAGCUUAAGAAUUGGUGUUUUUUUGGGGUAAAAUCAUUAAUGUUGGCUUUAAUUUCAUGUUAAAUACAUAAUUUCUGUAGUAGAUGGUGAAAGAAUAAAACAUUUUAAGUUUUUA